AUGGACGAACAAUCCAGUCAUUCACAAAUGAAAUUUAAAGGAUCUACUUCCAAAACAUUUUUUGAAGAUGAAGUAGUCAAACAAAUAGAGUUGCAAUAUGAAUGUACUAGAAAUUUAAAAGAUCAACAACAAAAUAUCAAUGAAACAUCAAAUCAAACCAAAACUACUACUCCUCAGAUAUUAUGUAAUGUAACGAAAAACAUUUAUCAAAAUACCAUUGAAGAAUAUUACAAAAGAAGACCCUUUAAAUUAUUAAAGUCCGAGAAAUUCUUUAAAUUAACUCCCGACGAGAUGAAUGCUAAAUUUGAUAUUCAUUUACAAACUGGCAACGAUCUGUUUCAUAAUAAUUUAGUUAAUUUUGAAGACUUUUUCCCAUUUCCUUCUCCUCAUAAAUUGAUAGACUCUCUUUUUGAUGAAAUUAAUAUUGAAUCAUUGCGCACUCGGAAUUUCAAUUUUGGUCCUCGUGAUGAUAAUUCCACUUGGUCGAACUUUGAUAAGGCUCAAUUCGAUGACACAGUAUUUAAUGGGGAUAAAAAAUAA